CUCCUACUAUGCCAUUGCACUCACGUAGGUUAAUAUAUUUAACACAUGAUCGUUAUACAAUUCAUAUUCAUACCACAACACAUCAGCUUAAAGGAAAAACUGAAUUUGAAUUUUGAUUUAACCUGGAUAAAUUCUGGAAACGACUAAAAAUGACCGAAGAGAAUACUGACGAUAAGCAUUCUUUUAUCGAAAUAACAGUGUCCGAUACAAUUUUAGAUGCCGAAGAUAGUAAUUUACCGUUCUCAAUACAAUGUAGCAUUUUAAAUCAGAACAAAGAUGAAGAUAGAUUAGCAAAAGAAAAACUCAAUUCUGUCAUGGCAUCCCACCAGAACAUUCUAGAAGAAAAGGAGGCGACUUUAGAGAGGCUGCAUGAACAGAUUUCAGUUCUGCAGCAGCAGAUUAGCCAGUAUGAGGACAUCGGAGCAAAGAUUGACGAGGAACUACAGAGUGAGGGUCUAUCUGAGCUGUUGGAAGUGAGCCCUGGAGAACAGAUUCUGUUUCUGCUCAAGGAGAGAAAUCUCAUCUUGGACGACCUCGACAAGGCUCAAGAACAUAUUAGUGAACUCGAGGAGCAACGAGUGAUCUGUGACAACUUAAUCGAAGAGUUAGAGAUGGAGAAGACGGGGUUGAUAGAGGAGAUGGGACUGUACAAAGAGAAGAGUAGGGAGGAGAUGGAAAGUAAGGAGAGGGCGAGUGAGGCGGCGCUGAAUGGAGCGAGGAGUCAGCUGGAGGAUAUGCGAGAUAGGAACAAGAAGUUGGAGACACUACUGGAUCAAUCUCAGGCGGCAGCGGGCGAUGCGGCUACCUCCACUUGGGAGGUGGACAAACUGAAGGGAGAAGUGCAGGAGUUGAAGGAGAGGCUGGGAGAGAGUGAGAGUAGGAGGGUUAGAUUUGAGGAGGAAGUAGGGCUAAUGGGCGACAAACUCAAACAAGCCAGGAGGGAGGCAGAACAACACCAGGUGACCAUAUCUGAGCAAGAAGCCAAAAUCAACGAAAUGAAAGACGAACUGGAACACCUAGAAGACAGAUUGGAGGAUAAAGAGCUAACCAUUGAAGAUCUGAUGCAGGAGAACGCCAAACUACUAGAGGAAAAGGAAACCAGAGAAGAGGAUCCACCAGUUGCGCUAGUUAGAACUCAGAAUCCUCUUGAAAAAGAACUCGAACUCAAAGAACAACAGCUUGAAGACAUUCGAGAAGAUCUUGCCAAUAAUGAAUCCAUAAUUCAGCGUCUCAAGGACGAACUAACACAAACCGCAUCUGAUCACGCACAGGAAAAGAGCGAUCUUAAUUACAAACUGCAGAUGGCGAGUAAGGAAAGUGAGUCGAAGAAUAAAGAGAUAGUGAAGGUUUCCCAGCAAAUGGAAGAAAUUCUGUCAAUCAAUGAGUCGCUGCAGUCUGAAAUGAGUUCACUUAGGACACAAGUUACGACCAUAACACAAUCAACUUCGUCGGCAGAUAAAAAAGAAGCAGUGGAGACCAAUCUGAAACUAGCACGAGAAGAAGUAGAGAGAAACAAAGAGUACAUAGUGAACCUGGAGCAGCAGUUAGAAGAGGCCAAGAGACUGUGCGAGAGACAAAACAGACUUCACCAGGAGGCACAACUAAAGCUACAAACUAAUAUUAACUCACUGAAAAGAAAACUUUCGGAACAUCGAGUGUCUCUGCCUGCUAUCCCAACAAAAGCAGAUCAGCCAACAAAAACGUGGACACCGUCGUUUCUAUUGCUUCAGGCGCAGCAGCUGACGCCCAAGUUCGAAGAACAACUUGAAAUUAUGUAUGUGAACAUAUCCAACAACAAAGAAAAAACCUCGUUCAAAAUGGAUGUUCUAAACUCAGCUACGAAAGUCAUCGUGUGCCAGGCAAAAACUCUCAACUUUACCACAGUUUUUGAAUGUGGCAAACAUGCUCAACGCCCCUGAAUCACCUGUUACAUGCAUAUUUUAUGGUAGCUUUAUUCUCAUGAUCAUCGAGCGGUUGUUUUCUACAGUAGAUGUUAAAUAUAAGUUUUCAAAUUCAAAAUUAUCCUUCUA